AAAGGGGCUCAGCAUUCUUGCCAAGAUAGCCGUUGGUCUAUCAUCUGACCACAGCCAAAAGGAAGAAAAAGUUCGUGAAAAUGAGUCGUUGCUCUUUAUUGUCAACGUCCUUUGUCAUUGUCGUCACUCUCCUGUCUCAUUCGAACAUUAACUGCCAAGCCCGGCCCAACAACCCAUCGAAUGGCGGCCAAUCCGAUUUGGAAUUGUUGAUCCACGAGGUAAAACUGCUACGGAACGACCUUCGGAAUCUCAAGACUCACGUCGAGGAUAUUGGUAACCGUCUACCUGGGGUGGACCUUUCCGUGGUCAACAAGACCGAUUUGGCCAAUGAUAUUUGGGCAGUUCUCAACCGCCAUCUCGGAUCGAACAAUCAGGAUUCUGAACAACCAUCCGAAUGUCUACUGGGAUCGAUCUUGUCUUUGGCCAUUUCUGGACACGAUUCGUUGGAAGGUGAGGCCAGAAAAUUCGGCAAGAAGAACAAGAUUUUCACACCGGCCUCACCUUCGAAACUGGGCAAAUACAAAACGGCCGCCAUCAGUUCAGACAGCACUCCGUGCUCUGAAAUUGGAAGGGACAUAAUGGCCGAGGGUGGCAACGCCAUGGAUGCCGCCAUUGCUGCCCUGUUUUGUAACGGAGUAGUCAACCCGCAAAGCGCCGGAAUUGGUGGCGGAUUCCACAUGACCGUUUACGAUCCUGUCACCCAAACGGCCAAGUGCCUGGACGCUCGUGAAACAGCGCCAUUAGCCGCCACCGAAGGCAUGUACAGCAGUAACGCCUUCCUGUCUCAAAUUGGUGGUUUAGCUGUGGCCGUGCCUGGAGAAUUGGCCGGUUAUUGGGACGCUCAUCAAACGUACGGCCGAUUGCCCUGGUCUCGUUUGGUUCAGCCGGCCAUCAAAUUGGCUGAGAAUGGAGUCGAAGUGAACAGUCACCUGGCCAUGGUUUUGCAAUUGAAAGCUGUUUCUAUCAAAGCAGAGCCUUCCAUGUGGAUAUUUUUGAACGAAACUACUGGCGAUGUCCUCCAGGUUGGAGACACGUUAAAGAUGCACGGCCUGGCCAAGACAUUAAAAGAAAUAGCUGAACACGGUGUCGAUAUUUUCUAUAAAGGCACCAUCGGCAUCAAAGUGGUAGAAGAUAUUCAACGAAGAGGAGGAAUCAUCACCAAAGACGACCUUCUUCAUUACCGGACGGAAUGGAUGGAACCAGUCGCCGUUGAUCUCAGCGAUAAUUUGACGCUGUACUCGAUACCAUCACCCGGUUCCGGUGUCUUGGUCGCUUACAUAAUGAACAUGCUCGACGAUCGUUUGCCGCUAGAAAGAGAUAUGCCACGGUCACUGGAUCCGCUGACGUAUCACCGCAUCACCGAAGCCUUCAAGCAUGCAUUUGCUCAGCGAACCAAACUAGGUGAUCCGAGAUUCGUGCCUGAAGUCUAUCAACUGACUGAAACGCUCGCGUCAAAGAGAUUCGCCGAUGAAACAUUCGAGAAAUUCAAUGAUUCGUACACCUCCAACGACCCGGCAUUCUACGGCGCUGUCAUCCACAAUCCCGACAGCAAAGGAACGUCACACAUUUCGGUGCUGGACCGAGACGGAUUAGCUGUCUCGGUCACGACAACCGUUAACACCUAUUUUGGCGCUGGAUUCAUAUCGGAACAGACGGGCAUCAUCAUGAACAACGAGAUGGAUGACUUCUCUUCGCCGAACACGACCAAUUUUUUCGGCGUACCGCCCAGUCCGGCCAAUUUCAUACGGCCGGGCAAACGGCCCUUGUCUUCCAUGACGCCCACCAUCGUCGUCGAUUCGGAGACGGGCAAAGUGCGUUCGGUUAUCGGAGCGGCCGGUGGCACACGAAUCACAACCUCCGUUGUUUACACUUUGAUUCGCAAUUUGUGGUUUGGCGAUAACAUCAAAGAAGCGAUCGAUAGUUAUCGAAUCCACCAUCAAUUGAUGCCAAUGGACUUCCAAUACGAAGCGGGUUUCCCCAAGACUAUCGUCGAGGGUUUGAGAAAGAGAGGCCAUAACGUGAUGGAGCGUGUCCUUCGCUCUGCUGUUUACGCCAUUUCCGUCGAAUCGGAUGGCGUCAUUUAUGCGAACGCUGAUUAUCGCAAAGGCGGCGAUGUUGCAGGACUCGACCCCGUUAUCGACGACAUUUUCUAAACCUUUUAAUUUAUUGGCCUUUUGUGUUUAGUCUUUUUGACGUUAGUCACUUCCCCGUUUGUAAAAACUCACGCAGCCGCGGCGAACGAUAACGAAAUCAUUUCGGAUUGAAAGCAAAAAACGGGCCCAGUCAACCAAUAAAUCGCGUAGAAAAUUGCCAGUAGAACAAAACAAGGAACAGCCGAUUGUAUUGAUGUUUACAAUAAUUAGAAUAUAUAGCAGAGCAUAAAAUAGAGUCCAUUGCGGAUGUA